AUGGAUCAAGAGUUUUUCAACGCCACGGAUUUCAAUGGCACCAAUGGCACUCAAUUUGAGAAUAAUGGUACGCGUUUUGACAACGGAACCCAUGGUAAUGGUACCUUUUUUGAAGAGCCACAAGUUGAGAUGAAGGCAGUUUCCUUUUACACACCUUUGUUGUACGUGUCGCUUCUGGUUAUCUCGCUAUUUAUAUUUGCAUCACAAUACAGGAAAAAUAAGAUUAAGAAGAUCAGUGAACUACCAUCUAUAUUUGACGAGAGUGACGCCAAGGAUCUGUAUAUGGAUCUGCUGAAGUUACAAAAAUCUGGUGACAAGAAGAUUCACGAAAAGGUUCUGAAGGCUGGUCUACUGAACCGUUGUGCUGAGGCUAUCAGAAGAUCCUUAAAACUAAAAGAAAUGGCUCCACAAGUUGAAAUUCUUUAUAAAAACGGGUCCAUUGGUGAUGACUACUGGCAGCGUUACCAAACUGAGGUUAAACUGGUAGAUGUUGAAUUCAAAGAAUGUAUACAGGAAUCGGAAAGGCUGCAGCCUGGCUGGGUUCCAACAUUCGUGCCAUUGGCAAGAGAAAUCUGCUUGAAUCAAGCGCUAUCCAGACGUUACAAUGCUAUUGCCACUAGAAGAGAGGUCUGUAUCGAGGAAUGGGGUCUCAAGCUUGACAAGGAUGGUAAACUAAUAUCAUCAAAAAACUAG